UCUAAACACUGUCAAAUAAAGAUGGUUGAAUACAAAAAUAAAUAAUAAUAAUAAACAAAACUUUGACAUUCUGAAGGUUAAAAGCACGAUAGUAAAUAUCUGAUCAAUCAAAUGAAAAUAAACGAGUAAAUGUGACAUUUUUGUGGAAAACACUUCCUGUAAAUUCAUCGUUCGAGUUGUUUGUUAAAAGUGACGAAAGCGGAACAUGAUGAGAACAUUAGUGAGCUCGUGACGAAAGCAAAGUUUCGUCUUUCACAAGAGAGGAAAAAAGUCGCAGGAUCAUCCAGAGGAACCCAGAGAUCACAGCGACAAAACUCGAGAGUGCGCGCGAGAGAGGAGCUCUUAUUUUACACACAGAAUAUUCACGAAUAUUAUCAUCGUCAUCAUCAUCCUAUGGAUCUGCUGACCUGAUGCACGAACCAAAGAUCCAAAAGACCUAAAUAUCAGUGAUGGCAUCUUACCAUAGCUUAGAUGAUGACGCAAUGGCUCUGAUGGUCCACGACACCAACACGGUGAAGAAAGAAGAAUUUGUCAAAGAUGACUCGGUCCAAGAGCAAAACGCGGAGAAAGUGGAUCCGUCGCAGAAGCCGCCGUACUCUUAUGUGGCUUUGAUCGCUAUGGCCAUCAGAGAGAGUUCGGAGAAGAGACUGACUCUGUCCGGUAUUUACCAAUAUAUCAUCACCAAAUUCCCCUUCUAUGAGAAAAACAAAAAGGGCUGGCAAAACAGCAUUCGACACAACCUGAGUCUGAACGAAUGCUUCAUUAAAGUUCCCCGGGAGGGCGGCGGGGAGCGCAAGGGAAACUACUGGACCCUGGACCCGGCCUGCGAGGACAUGUUCGAGAAAGGCAACUACCGGCGGCGCAGGCGGAUGAAGCGGCCGUUCAGACCGUCAGUGGCUCACUUUCAACCGGGCAAGUCUCUCUUCGGUGGAGAUGGAUACGGCAGCUACCUCUCGGCUCCAAAAUACAUCCAGUCGGGCUUCAUGAACAACAGCUGGCCGCUUGCGCAGCCGCCGCCGAUGACCUACGCGUCCUGUCAGAUGGGAAACGGCAACAUGAGUCCCAUUAAAGGACUGUCCGCUCCGUCGUACAACCCGUACAGCCGAAUGCAAGCCAUGGGCCUGCCGAACAUGAUGAACUCGUAUAACGGCAUGGGUCACCAUCAGCACCAGGCGCAGCAGUUGAGCGCGUCACCGGCUGCGCCCUCACCGGUACCGUCCAACAGCGCGGCGGGUUUACAGUUUGCCUGCUCUCGGCAGCCGAGCGAGCUGUACUCGUACUGGGACCACGAGGCCAAAAACUCUACAUUACAUUCUCGGAUUGACAUCUGAAACUGAUUCCAACAGCAUUUCAGGGAAUGUUAACGACCUGACAUCGGAGUGCAUGUACUUUUCUUUCGCUUUUCCGAUGGACAGAGUUUCUGUUUUACGCAUCCAAGGUAAACAGGGUAAACUUUUGUUGCUGACAGACAAACAUUACGAGGCUUAAAUCCAGUGUUGCAUACAGACAAGAGAUUUGAACUAUUAGUUGGUUAACUCUCAUGGACUGCAUCGAUUAUUUUUAAAUCAUUAGUUUGUUCAGUUAUUGUUUUACUUUAUCAAGUCUUGAUAUGCCAUUUCGAGAUACGUUCAUACACACUAUUGGUAACAGUAUUGAAAGUGUAUUUGUUUAAAAAGAGGACAGUAAUAAAUUUUCGAUGCGUAGUUCAGUAGAUUUGCAAGAUUGUUCGGGGACCAUUGUAAAUUUUACAUUUUGGAUUGUCAGACCAGCACUUAUUUUCUAUUGUUUGCUUUUAAUAAACUGUUUCUCUACAAAAUGUCUUCGUAGAUACCCAAUGCAUGAGCGUUCAUUUUGAUAUCUGUAGAUUUGACGUGAGUCAAGUUGUAAUGUCCAUGUGAAAUAAACAUUAGAAAAUAGUUAUAAACUAAGCACUUAAAAAACUGACAAUUUUGUUGUGUUUGCAGAAAAAACCCAUCAUUGAUUAUGAUGAGUGGCUAUAAUCUAAAAUGCGACUAUAACUGAUAAUAUUAGGCCAAUAUGUAUCAUUUUAUUCUGUCUUAACAAACAGAUGUAGGCCUAAAUGCAACUCAAGUAACUUAAAAUGUUUACUAGGAAACUUUCUAAGGGCUUCAUUUAAAACAACAAAUGUUACAUCGUUUUAAAAACAUUUAAACGAAAUUAAGUAUUGGUCGCAGAAACAUAUUUUGUUUUCGACCAAACGUCUGACAGACACAAAAACUCUUGUUGAAGUUUGACAACUGAUUUGUUAACCACAACAAAACUAUUUUAUUUUUUUCUCAGGCAGAUAUUUCACUCGUGUAACUACUUUCAGACUGAGAAAAACUCAAGAUCAAAGUAAAAAAAUAUAAAUCCCGUAGGCCAUGCUUGUCAGUUUUUCUGGCGGUUCCGUGCGCCUGCUGUUUAUAUGAAGCUUUUUUCGUCUCAUUUCAAUCGAAAGUAUUCCUUAUGUAUAUAAUUUUAAGAUGUUAAUUCAUAUUAAAGUGUUAAUAGCUUGUGACAUCUUGGUAGGCAUGCGUAAAAUCAUUUUAUGAAAGGAAAAAGUGAAAGAAAAAACAGACUUUAGACUACGCAAUGACAUUAAAAGGAUACUUCACUCAGUGUAAUAAUAAAAAUAUAGCCCCAGUGUAAAUGAAAUAUUUUAUUCGUUAUGUCAUAUAUAUUGUUAUGACCUUGUAAUAUUAAAAGUGUAUUAUUAAAGAGUAUAAACAACUUCUUCUGACGUCAGUGUGAUGGUCACAAACGUCUUUCAUCGUCUUUAUCGAGGUCUGAUUUACUGAUGAAAACAUGCUAGAGAAAAUAUAUUAUUUUAUUUUAAUGUGUCCAAAUCAGGUGAAUAAAUCGUAG